GGCGGCGGAAUGCUACAGCCUGUUGACGUAGUCGAUAGCUAGCUCCUGGCGUUACUCCGCCAAUUUACCUUCAAACGAGCUGCUUCCACAACGAGCGGACAACCGCGACUUGAAUCCAAGUGUAGUCGUUAACGGCGGGGCUUUCUGUGAAACCGGGGUUCAGUCGGGGGGUGAAAUGAACUACACCACCAAGGUGGUCCAGGUGACCAAUGUGUCGCCGAGCACAACGUCGGAGCAGAUGAGGACGCUGUUCGGCUUUUUGGGAACUAUCGAUGAACUGAAGUUAUUUCCACCGGAUGACUCUCAGGUGCCGGUGACGUCGCGGGUGUGCUUUGUGAAGUUCCACGAGCCAGAUUCCGUCGGCGUGUCCCAACAUCUGACCAACACCGUGUUUGUGGACAGAGCGUUGAUCGUGGUCCCGUUCGCCGAAGGCACUAUUCCCGACGAGGCGAAAGCUUUGUCGCUGUUGGCGCCGGCAAACGCUGUGGCGGGAAUUCUGCCGGGAGGAGGACUUCUUCCGACGCCCAACCCCAUGUCCAAUCAAGGGAUGGGAGGAAACCCCUUCGGCGUCCCCAACAUGGACGCCAUGGCUGCUUUCGGGUUCCCAGGAGCCAGCAUGAACCCACAGGCUGCUGACCAGCUGUUAAAGUUCAUGACGGAUCCAAAGCUGAACCCGUUGGCCGCCGGCUUGAACCUGAGCGCCAGCCUGAAGGCCGACGCCUCGAAUAAAGAAAUCGAAGAGGCCAUGAAGAGAGUCCGAGAGGCGCAGUCGCUCAUCUCCGCUGCCAUCGAACCCGGAACAGAUAAGGAAAGCAAAAAGAAGCGCUCCCGCAGCCGGUCCCGGUCCCACAGGAGGCGGUCCAGAUCACGCUCCAAACACAGGCGGACCACCCGGAGCCGCUCGCGGCGGCGAUCGACCUCCAGACCCAAGCGGCGCUCCAAAAGCCCUCGCCGGAGGCACACCGACUCCUCCAGAGACCAAAGCAGACGAUCCCCGAGCAGAUCCAGAGAUAGAAAGAAGGAAGACUCCGGGAGGAAGAGAUCCAAGACGCCGCCGAAAAGCUACAGCACAACGAGGAGGUCGCACAGCGGGGACCGGAGACGCAAGAGGAGUCGAACCCACAGCCGCUCUCCUCCCAAAAAGAGGACUCCGUCUCCUCGGAGACACAAGAAGGAGAAGAAGAGGGACAAGGACCGCAAGAGCGACCGAGUGCGCGAGGAGCCGGAGCGCUCGCCCGGCAAGAAGAAGAAAAACAAGGACAAGGAGCGCGAGAGGAAGUCCGACGGCGAGAAAGGAGACGUCAAGGUCACCAGGGAUUACGAUGCGGAGGAACAAGGCUAUGACAGCGGGAAGGAGAGGCGGGCCAGGAAGGAAGCUGACGACUCUGCUUUGUCUCCUCAGUCUGUAGAAGGUAACGGCACGAAGCAGGCCAACGUUAACGGGGACGACGAUCACCACGAAGAAGACAUGGACGUCAGCGAUUAAGGGCUCCGCCCCUCUUUUUUUUUUCAUUCGCCCUCCUCCGUUCUGUGUUGCGACUCUUUUCUUUCUCUUCUUCUUCUUCGAAUCUAAUAAUGUGACGCGAGCGUCGGUCGCAUCGAUGUCUCUCGCAGAAGAGUCGUGCGCUCUUCUCGCAGAGGGUCCGCCCGCCGCCGCACGUUUUCGUUUUGCCUCCGCCGACGUCGGCUCGCUUCGCUUUCCUUGAACUCGUGUCGUCGGCUUUCGUCCCUUUUUUUCCACAUAUUGUAUCUUUUACAUUUUGUUUUGUGUCGUGGUGUGUUGUUCAGGCCACCCCUCCCCCCCCGGAACAGCUCGACACAUGUUUCUUGUUAUUUGAAAGUGUUGAUUGUUUUAUCAGAUUUCUUUUAUAAUAAAGCCUAUUUGGGAGAAACGA